AUGGAAAUUCUGACAUUUCGCUUUCACAACUGGUGUCGCCUUCACGGAAUCAACCAUGGACAGCCUGUUAUUACAAAGGGACAUUUGGCUUUGGCUGACUAUGCGGAGUUGCGCUUAAAAGCUUAUGCGUCUCGCGUGAUGACAGCCUAUUUGGCAGUUGCAUUGAAAGCACUGAUGGAAAAACAAACCCAGAUUGGACAGUGUUCACAGGAUCUGAGAUUGGUGACUGCAGCUACUGUACAGCUUGCAAACUGGUUCCUGAACUUCUACAAGCUCUUGGCCCUUCUUCACUUGCAGCUGGGCAACAAGCGAUAUCCUCUCAAACCAAAGGCGCAUGCACCAUGGCUGCAUGGGUUCUGCGAAGACCAAGUACAUGUGGGUGUUGUAUGUGUUGUAGUUUUAGUCUAUUCAUUUUUUGGAUACCACAACAUAAAUUUAACUGAGGUAUUCUUGGAGAUCUUGUUUGAAGCACGGGUUUUCAAAGAAAAUCCAAGACUCUUGGCAAUGUUGGCAAUUUGGCUUGAUUUGCUUGAGUUAAGUUGA